GCAGUUGGGGUUAAACUGCACAAUAAAAUUUAUGCUAUUACCUGUGUUUCACAAUAUAUUUGAACUUGUUGACAAGAAAAUUUAUUCAGUAAGUUGCCGUUUAUUCUCGCAGUAGGUCGCUUUAAAGCAUAACUAACAGAAAAUGUCGAAUAUUGUUCUUUACGGUACUGAUCUUAGUCCCCCAGUUAGGGCUUGCUUGUUGACGCUCAAAGCUUUGGAUCUACCAUUCGAAUAUAAAAUUGUAGACCUCAAGAGUGGAGAGCACUAUGGUGAAGAGUUCACUAAACGCAAUCCACAACACACAGUGCCACUGCUUAACGAUGGUGACGCUUGGAUUUGGGAUUCGCAUGCAAUUUGCGCCUACCUGGUGGAUAAGUACGGCAAAGAUGACUCACUUUAUCCAAAGGAUUUACUUAAACGUGCUGUAGUAAAUCAACGUAUGUUCUUCGAAGCUAGUAUACUCUUUAUGUCGUUGCGUAACGCUUCAAGACCGAUGUGGCUUAAUAAACAUACAGUGCUGCUCAAGGAAAAAUUAGAUAAUAUCAAAGAAGGUUAUGGAGUAAUGGAAGACUUCUUGAAAGGUAAUAACUAUGCAACUGGCAACACCUUGACAAUUGCCGAUUUUUCUUGUGUGUCAACUUUAUCAACACUACGUGCUUUUAUUGAUAUUGACGCGAAUAAAUAUCCGAAUAUGCAUGCUUGGCUACAACGUGUGUCACAGUUGCCAUACUAUGAGGAAGCGAACGGUAAAGGUUCGAGUCAAUAUGAGGCCUUCAUUAAGCACGCUAUGAGUAAUACACUUUGGUAAAAAUACAUUUAAAAUUAUAUUUAAAUUGUUUUUAUUGUGGUACAAAAUAAAGA